UUUCUAGUGCUCGCUCUUUGGCUUACCCUUUCUUUCGCAUUGCCACUCAACGAAGGAGAAAGAGUCAAGAGAGGAUUCGAACUGGGAUCAAGCGAAGAGGAAGAAGAAGAGGACAGCCACUCAGGUUUGGAUUUUAGCAACUUCCACCACGGAUACAGCCUCGGAGGUCCUGGAGGAUUGGGCUUCUCUUCCCACCACGAACCUGAGUUUCACGAGUCAGUCCAGGUUGAGCCAGUCCACAAAACCUUGAAGGUACCCGUCCCACAUCCCGUCAAGCAGCCAUUCCAGAUACCCUAUCCAGUCAGAGUAUUGGAACCGUACCCCAUCAAGAUCCCAGUACCAGUCCAGGUAGAGAAAAUAGUACAAGUACCCGUAGAGAAGAUCGUCGAGUACCCAGUCGAGAAGUUGGUACCCGUAAAGGUAGUGAAGAAAGUUCGUGUUCCAGUACCGAAGCCAUACCCAGUUCCUGUGCCAGUGUACAAGACCAAAUACGUCUACCACACCAAGAAAUACUAUCAUGGCCACCAUGAAUGAACUGCGACCAAGGACUGAUGAUAAUUGUUAUUUUAAUUUAAUAAAUAAUUGUUAAAAAU